AACAAACUAGCGCGAGUUAGGCAAUUAGCUGCUUUAUUUAUCCCAAGCGGCAGAAAAUUCUCAGCCGCGCCGCUGCGACAUCUUGCCUUGUCGUGAUAUAUAAAAUAGCUUUUUUCACCUAUUAACUUCAGCUCAGUCAUGAUUACUCGCCUGCAUCAUAGCUCACGGCUUUCUCAUAGAUGUGCUACCUCGUCCUAUCCUCUAACGACAUGGAGAUGGCCUGGUAAGGAAGAGAUAUAGCGACAUAGCGAUAUAGCGACAUAGCGACAUAGCGAUAUAGCGAUAUAGCGAUUUCAUAGAUGCACGUUCGUUUAGGAUCCUGAAUCCUUUUGAGGCUUAUGCAGGUCUUGCCUUACCAUUCAUUGGCGGUCGGCAUUGCUUCGUCUCAUGAUUAGCUGCUUAUCUCAUUCGGCAUUCGGCUCAGCUAGUGGUGACGGCAUCACGAACAUUUUAUUUUAUUUGGGUAGGAAGUUGUAGUAAUUGGCGGUAUUUUUUAUCGAUUUAAGUUUACCUAAAGAAUUAAAAGUAUCAUAAGGAAAGCACGGGAAGGAGGAAACAAUGGCGGGACACAAGAUCUUAGGUUACGCCGCGAGCCUCUGGCAGACCUGGCAGGCGCUGUUUGCGUCUUUCAUCCAACUCUACGCCCGCUUCUUUCCCUUCAACUCGACACCUGACUCAGGCCGGACAACGCAGCAACAAGCAUCAACACAUCCACAACCUUCAACACGCUCAGAUUCACUAAACUCAAACUUUUCAACAGAGCAAAAAAAGCCAGAUUCCUCUUUAUAUUCACCUUCUCCCUACACCCAAACCUCCCAACUACAUCAAAACUCUUCCUUCAUAGAUCUCGAACAAGGUCUGGACUCUUCAUCCCAAGACGAUACCAUGGCGCAGUCUAAGAAACGUGGCCAAAAGCGAGGCGGCCACAAAGGUUCUGGUCCAAAGUCUGCUGGUCCUAAUGCUUCUAAUGCCCUUAAUGCUCCUACCACUACUCAAUCAAACAGCAGCAUCGUCGCCAACAAACCUACAUCUAGCCAAAACCAUGCGUCGCCUCUUGGACAGGUCGGUGUUGCUCCCGUUGCGAAUCAAGGUGACACUAAAGUCAACUCUCAUCAACCCGAUAGUCAAAAGCCACUCGGAGCUAAAAUAGGCGGCCAAAGCCGUGGCCUUCCACCUCCUAGUCCCCUUGUCGACAGUAGAAGAGAGAAUGCUCCCCCUCACAAUCUGUCGUCCACCGUCUCCCAAUCUCAGCCGCCUACCCCAAAGCCCCUCCUUGCGGAGGGCCGGGUUCAAGUCCAGAAAACGGGUACCCGCAGCCAGCACGUCACCGCAGCCUUUGUUUCUUCUAACAAGUCUGCAAUGGAAGAUAAUACUCCCCAGAAUACGCAAGUCGAAGAGGUCGCCUCCGGAAUUAACUGUCUUACCCUUGAUGAUAUUUCCGGUAGUGGACAGCCCCCUGAGCCGGGACAUGCUUCUGCAGCGGCCGCUCCUAAUGCCUUAGCCGCUCCGAUCAUGGUUGCCUUACCUCCCACUGAUAAGGCCGCUGCUCCGAAAUCUCCUUCACCUCCAGUUCCUAGUCUACCUGGACUAGUCGAACCCAAGACAGAGGAGGGACGAGUUGAGCGGGCGUACCAUCUCAACUUGAUGCAAGAGGCACUUGCUAUGGGUAAUCUAGCUCUAAAUACCAACGAGACGCCAGUAGGCUGUGUCUUGGUCCAUAAUGGAAAAGUUAUUGCUAAAGGAAUGAAUGCGACAAACGUUACUCGCAAUGGGACUCGUCAUGCUGAAUUUAUGGCCUUGUCUGCCCUACUUUCCCGGAAAGGGCCUGAAGAUGUCAAAGAAGUUGGCACCAGCCCAGCUCUGGAUGAUCCUAGCUGGGAGGAUGUAGAUCCGACAGACAGUCAUAUCUAUCCUUAUGGCCAGAAGCUCCAUCCUGCCCCGGCGAUUAGUCGCAGCAUCAUAUCCGAGUGUGUUCUCUACGUUACGGUUGAGCCCUGCGUCAUGUGUGCCUCUCUUCUUCGCCAACUAGGCAUCAAGAAGGUAUAUUUUGGUGCUGUCAAUGAUAAAUUUGGUGGGACCGGAGGCGUUUUCAAAAUCCACCAAAACUCCAAGCCCGUUCCGAAGCCAGCAGACCGUCCCUAUCAAAAUGGAUAUGGUCCUCAAGACGCCAGUCGUAUCUGCCAAGGCAAAGCUACUCCCAUCCCGAGAGAUGAGGAUGACGGUGACGGCGGCAAUGUGGAACCUGGAUAUCCGGUCGAAGGUGGUUAUCUUCGUGACGAGGCUGUCUCACUACUCCGACGAUUCUAUGUCCAGGAGAAUGGUCGAGCUCCCCAACCUCGCAAGAAGGAGGGCAGAGCUGCUCGCUUGUUCGCCAUGGAGAACCAGGCUAAGAAUGGCGGGAGUGCUUCUGAGUUUUCGGAUGGCGGUGGCCCCGUUGAUAAUGAGGCGGCAGCCGAUGAUGGUGAGGUCAUGGAGAUGACUAAUGAUACUACGAACAUUUAACUCACCAGCUCCCGAUAUCCGAGAUAUCUCUUACGCCUUUCCGAGUACAACAUACAACAUGCGCAUAACACUGUAACAAUAUUCUAUUACGAUAGACUCGCGUCAGAUUCCCACAAUUGCAUGGAUAGGAGUAUUCUCCCCGGUGUUUCUGGUCUCUUUUCUCUCAGUCAACAGUACAUAUCACAGGCGGGCGCGGUCAGCAUAGUUUCGGAGCCGGCAUACAAGAGGACUGAAGAUGACUUUGAUUUGUCUCGUAACAUGAGGGCAUUGUAUGUAACUGUCUAGACGCGUUGAUUCUUCACAGAUAGUCGCAUUAGUUUUCAUGCUUAAUUGAUACCUAUAGAACAA